AAAGAAAUUGGAUUUAGACUGUCUUCGUUAAUACAGCAGAGAGUUUUGAUUAAACUUGAAGCUGAAGACAUUUCAAAAGAGAUCGAACCAAGCCAAGGAGCAAAACCCAACAGUGAUUUCAGUCAACCUUUGCCAAAAAACAAAGCAGAAACCAAUAUACGAAUCAAUAAAAGAACCAAAAAAAAUAUGGGUCGUGGCGACGGGAUCUUGGGGAUCAGAGACGCAGCAGAAGGAGGAAGCAGAGCAACAGUAACAAGAAGAAAGAAAUGGCUGAAAAGGCGGGAGAGAUGGCUGGUGGUACUGGGUGUGGUUCUACACGCCGUUUACAUGCUUAGUAUAUUCGAUAUCUACUUCAAGACCCCCAUUGUCCAUGGCAUGGAUCCGGUCACCCCUCGUUUCCAAGCUCCCGCCAAGCGACUUAUCCUUCUCGUUGCUGAUGGGUUGCGUGCUGACAAGUUCUAUGAGCCGGAUUCUGAAGGAAACUUCAGAGCACCAUUUUUAAGAAGUGUAAUUAAAGAGAAGGGCCGGUGGGGAGUAUCUCAUGCUCGUCCUCCAACAGAGUCAAGGCCUGGACAUGUCGCAAUAAUUGCUGGUUUUUAUGAGGAUCCUAGUGCAGUUACUAAAGGAUGGAAGGCUAAUCCAGUUGAAUUUGAUUCAGUAUUUAACCGAAGCCGGCAUACAUUUGCUUUUGGUAGCCCAGAUAUAGUUCCAAUAUUCUGUCGUGCCUUGCCACACAGCACGUGGAAUAGCUACCCUCAUGAGUUUGAAGACUUUGCUACCGAUGCCUCGUUUCUGGAUGAGUGGUCUUUUGAUCAAUUUCAGAGCCUUCUUAAUAGGUCAAACCAAGAUCCAAAGUUGAAGGAGUUACUUCUACAGGAUAAUCUUGUCGUAUUUUUGCACCUACUUGGAUGUGACUCAAAUGGUCAUGCACAUAAGCCAUAUUCGUCCAUUUAUCUCAAUAAUGUUAAAGUUGUAGACAAUAUAGCUGCAAGGGUUUAUAAUCUUGUUGAAGAUUAUUUCAAGGACAACCGUACAGCAUAUAUUUUUACGGCUGACCAUGGAAUGAGCGACAAAGGAAGCCAUGGCGAUGGACAUCCCUCAAACACCGAUACUCCCCUUGUUGCUUGGGGAGCAGGAGUUAAAUAUCCCAGGCCAAUAUCUCGCAGCAACCUCACCGACUGUGGUUUUCGAUUUAUUGAUGAGCAUAUGCAUGACACACCAACACCUACAGAAUGGGGCCUUCAUGGCAUAGAACGGGUUGAUGUUAAUCAAGCUGAUAUUGCUCCACUCAUGUCAACUCUUCUUGGUUUGCCAUGCCCUGUAAAUUCAGUAGGAAGUUUACCUCUUGAUUAUGUCAACAUGUCUGAGGAGGCAGAAGUUGAAGCUGUGCUAGCCAAUUCCAAGCAAGUACUAUCUCAGUUUCUUUACAAGUCACAAAUGAAACAGUCAAAUUCAUUAAAUUUCAAGCCUUUCAAACCACUGGCCCAUUAUUCCACUAUGUUGAAUGAAAUCGAGUACCAAAUAUCUGCUAAAAACCAUGAAGCUGCUAUGAAGCUAUCUGAAGAACUCCGAGGCUUGGCACUGCAAGGACUUAACUAUUUUCAAACUUACGAUUGGUUGAUGCUCAUGACUGUAAUUAGUCUUGGAUAUAUUGGUUGGAUGAUCUAUCUUGUUCUUCAUGUGCUACAAUCUUAUACUUCACUGUCAGGAUAUCCAUUUAGAAAGGAGCAAACAGUUCACCAGACAAAUGAUACAACAAAAGUUCAACUGUGUGGCUGCCUGUUCAUGGGAGUAAUUAGUAUUCUGCUGUUUAUUGAGCGUUCUCCUCCUCUCUACCAUGCAUACACAACAGUGACAGUAUUUCUGUGGACACAAAUAUUUAGUGAAUAUCAGUUUAUAAGAGCAUUAUGGAACCAGUUACAUGGAAGAAGAUUCUAUUAUAUCAUUAAGAUUCUAGGCACUUGUGCUGUGUCAGUAUUCAUUCUUGAAUUUCUGGUUAAUAGCUUCACGGAGAGGCAGCUCUACACUUGGUGUUUCCUGAUUGUGGGAGUCAUAGCUUCUCUUACUCUAUUUAAAUCACUUCCAUGGAGAUCUGGGAUACCACUCUUUGCUUGUUUGGCAUGCUGGUUCUUAUCUGUAUUUACUUUGAUGCCAGCAGAAAUUCCUGAAAAUAAUCAUCUAGUAAUUGGGAGUGGCGUGAUGAUUAUCAUGAUAGGAAUGGCUGCAAGGUGGCUUGAUCUGCAUGCUGAAGGGAACAAGUACUGGCUAAGUAUAUGUAAUCAUGAAAUGAAGACAACAAGCUUUCCCAUGCUCUUUCAAUUACAGGCUCUUUUGGUUGGAUUAUCUUCUGUGAUGGUCUCGUUAUCAACAUCUCAUCGAAUACAGAAACGAGAACUUCUUGCAUUGCACCAAUUCAUCAAUUGGUUCAUUGCUGGUUUCUCAAUGAUUCUCCCGUUGUUUUCGGCAAAUGGUCUCUUGUCCAGGCUUACUUCUAUAUUUCUUGGUUUUGCACCCACAUUCCUUCUGUUAUCCAUUGGAUAUGAAGCUAUAUUUUAUGGUGCUCUUGCUCUUGUACUUAUGGCAUGGAUACUAUUUGAAAACACACUUCUUUAUGCAAGUAAAGUGAAAAGGUCACCAGCUUCCUUGCAAAAUGUCAAGGAUGAUGUCGGACUUGAAUUUGGUAAUAGAUACUUGCAGCUAUCAGAUGUGAGGAUUCCAUUAACCUUUAUGGUUUUGUUUAAUGUUGCCUUCUUUGGGACGGGGAAUUUUGCAAGUAUUGCAAGUUUUGAGAUAUCUUCUGUCUAUCGGUUCAUUACUGUCUUCAGCCCAUUUCUGAUGGCAGCCUUACUUAUAUUCAAACUGUUCAUUCCGUUUAUGCUUGUCAUAUGUGCAUUCAGUGCAAUAACAAAGUUAAACCGUCUUCCACGGUUGGGAUGCUAUUUUCUCGUUAUAGCAUUAUCGGAUGUGAUGACUAUUCACUUUUUCUUUCUGGUACGAAAUAAAGGAAGUUGGAUGGAAAUUGGUAACAGCAUCAGCCAUUUCGGAAUCAUGAGUGCUCAAGUCGUGUUUGUGCUGUUACUUUUUGCCCUUACCAACAUAUACACGAAAGAUAUCCAUAUCAGUUCAACUCACCCAUCUUCUCGAAAAGCAAUGUAAAUCACCGUCAAAAUGGGAAAUUCACGAGACCAAAAUCAGUCAAAGCUAGCAUUUCGUGGAAGGGAGCAGCGCUCUGCUUUGAAAGAAGCUUUGAGGAUCCAAGAGUAGCUUCUGUGCUUGUGUCUCUUUCUGCUCUUUCUACAGGCUCUUGUUGCUUUAGAGGGCUUCAAUUCAAUGGGAUUUUCCAGAUUUCCCCAAUCAUUCUUACGACUAGCUAUAAGAGUUUGACAUUCAUUUUUAGAAAGUGGUUUUUAAACAAGUGAUUAUGAGCCUGUAUUUUCAAUUGCGAGCCUUUUAAGGAUUCCAUUUUCAGUUUAAA